GGGGCGUGUAGUUUGGGCCGAGAAGUUUGGAACGUUCAGCCAGGCAGCUCUCGGCCCUCACUGAACUACAAGACCCAGAAUCCCACGGGGUGAAUUAUCUCCGCGUGGCAGGACUGAUCUUGAUUUCUGCUCCUUUUGCAGAGCUCUUUUCCCGGACUUCGGGUUUCUGGGGCCCAGCCUCUUUCUAGUUUUGGGACGUGAGUUUGCUGUCUUUUCUAUAGCUGUCAUUUGCAAAGAACACUUUGAACUUGUGAACUCUAAGCUAAAGACUAUAUUUUAAAAAUGAAUGUACUGCAUUGGUCGAUGAGGGAUUGCAAGGCUUUUAGCCAUCCAUGGGCAAAGAUGUUCCAGUCCUCAAAUGCAAGGACAUGCUGCUUGAAGCGGAGGCAUUUCGUGUCCAAAAGCAGGACUCCUAUCAAAUAUGCUUCAUUUUCAGAAGUUCAACAAUUGCAGGAAAAACAGUUCACUGGACUUGCCUACCCUCUCCAAGAUCUCGAAAAAUAUCUCGCCCCUAACCUGGACACCUCAUGCUUUCGUCUUUUCAAUCCUAAUCGUGAUGACAUCAGCAAAGGAGAGAAAUUUUUCAUUCCGUCCCGAGAAAAUCUCAUUGAUUAUUACUCUUCUGCUGUCCGGAUGGAUCACAUCCCACAAUUAUCCCUGCCAGAGGUUUGUUUUUUAGGACGAAGUAAUGUGGGAAAAUCCUGCUUGAUAAAAGCCUUGUUUUCAUUGGCUCCGGAUGUUGAAGUCAGAGUUUCCAAAAAUCCAGGUCACACAAAAAAAUUGAAUUUCUUCAAAGUGGGAAAAUUCUUCACCUUGGUGGAUAUGCCAGGCUUUGGUUACAGAGCCCCCAAAGACUUUGCAGAAAUGGUGGAACCUUAUUUAAAUCACCGUCCAAAUUUGCAACGGACAUUCUUAUUAGUGGAUGCCCAAAUAGGAAUUCAAGAAAUUGACAAUAUUGCUAUAGAAAUGUUGGAAGAAUUUGGGAUUCCUUAUGCUCUAGUUUUAACAAAAAUUGAUAAAGCAUCAAAACGAGUGAUGGCAACAAAUGUGCUAAAGAUUCAGGACUUUGUAAAGAAAAAAACACAAGUGUGCUUUCCUCAGCUCUUCCCAGUCAGUUCUUUGUAUUAUUCUGGAAUCCAUAUACUGAGAUGCUUUAUAGCACAUGUUGCCGGACAUCUUCCCUUGUCUUCAUAAUGAUACUUUGUGAGCAGAAUAAUCAAGGCUCAUCUCCAAGUAGAAGCUUCCUCAUCAACUAAAUGAAAUUUAUCCAAUUUAA